GCCGGAAGCAGCCUCGUUCUGGCCGUCAGGGCAACACCUAGAAAAAAAAUACAUCCCCGACGACGCGCCUGAAGCCCCUAACAUGGGCGAAUUUUAACACUAAAAACCGACUCAUUUUUGCACCUUAUCCUAUAACACUACCCAAGGAAUCCUUUCGGUUGCGAUUAAGCUCGUUUUGACGGUCGUUGGAGCCAUGUCUCGGGGCGCGAUGCAGCCGAGCCAGCAGAAGCUGGCGGAGAAACUGACGAUCCUCAACGACCGCGGCAUCGGGAUGCUCACACGCAUCUACAACAUCAAAAAGGCCUGUGGAGAUCCCAAGGCAAAGCCUUCCUACCUGAUUGACAAAAACCUGGAGUCAGCCGUGAAAUUCAUUGUCAGAAAAUUCCCAGCCGUUGAGACCCGCAACAACAACCAACAGCUUGCACAGCUACAAAAAGAAAAGUCAGAAAUACUGAAGAAUUUAGCUCUAUAUUACUUCACCUUUGUGGACGUUAUGGAAUUUAAGGACCACGUUUGUGAACUGCUGAACACUAUUGACGCUUGUCAAGUUUUCUUUGACAUUACUGUAAAUUUUGACCUCACAAAGAACUACCUGGACUUGGUAGUGACGUACACUACCCUGAUGUUGCUGCUUUCCCGAAUUGAAGAGCGCAAAGCGAUAAUCGGCCUCUACAACUAUGCCCACGAAAUGACACACGGUUCAAGUGAUCGAGAAUAUCCCAGGCUUGGACAGAUGAUUGUGGAUUACGAGAACCCACUAAAAAAGAUGAUGGAGGAGUUUGUCCCUCAUGGAAAAUCGCUGUCAGAUGCGCUGGUCUCCUUGCAGAUGGUGUACCCACGCCGGAAUCUGUCUGCAGAUCAGUGGAGAAACGCUCAGCUGCUCAGUUUGAUUAGUGCUCCCAGCACCAUGCUCAACCCAGCUCAGUCUGACACGAUGCCCUGUGAAUACCUAUCCCUGGACACCAUGGAGAAAUGGAUCGUUUUCGGCUUUAUCUUGUGUCAUGCGGCUCUGAACAGUGACCCUGCAGCUCUCAGUCUGUGGAAGUUGGCCCUUCAGAGCAGUUCCUGUCUCUGUCUGUUCAGGGACGAGGUCUUCCACAUUCACAAAGCUGCAGAGGAUCUCUUCGUAAACAUUCGUGGCUACAACAAACGUGUCAAUGAUAUCCGUGAAUGCAAAGAAUCUGCUCUUUCACAUGCGGGCUCCAUGCACAGAGAACGGCGUAAGUUCUUGAGGUCUGCCCUGAAAGAGCUGGCCACAGUGCUGGCGGAUCAGCCUGGACUGCUGGGUCCGAAGGCUCUGUUUGUGUUCAUGGCGCUCUCCUUUGCCCGAGAUGAGAUCAUUUGGCUGCUCAGACAUGCCGACAACAUUCAAAAGAAAAGCACAGAUGACUUAAUUGACAAGCACAUUGCAGAAUUGAUCUUCUACAUGGAGGAGUUGAGGGCUCAUGUACGGAAAUACGGCCCGGUGAUGCAGAGGUACUACGUUCAGUACCUGUCCGGCUUUGACGCAGUGGUGCUCAACGAGCUUGUACAGAACCUGUCCGUGUGCCCAGAAGAUGAAUCCAUUAUUAUGUCGUCGUUCGUAAACACUAUGACCUCUCUCAGUGUUAAACAAGUUGAAGAUGGCGAAGUGUUUGAUUUCAGAGGGAUGAGGCUGGACUGGUUCAGACUUCAGGCUUACACCAGCGUGUCCAAGGCUUCGCUGGGACUGGCAGAUCACAGAGAACUGGGAAAGAUGAUGAACACCAUCAUCUUCCACACCAAGAUGGUGGACUCUCUGGUGGAGAUGCUUGUGGAGACUUCUGAUCUCUCCAUAUUCUGUUUUUACAGCCGCGCCUUUGAAAAGAUGUUCCAGCAGUGUCUUGAACUGCCGUCCCAGUCUCGAUACUCCAUCUCCUUCCCACUGCUCUGCACCCACUUUAUGAGCUGCACUCAUGAGCUCUGCCCUGAAGAGAGGCACCACAUCGGAGACCGCAGCCUGUCCCUUUGCAACAUGUUCCUGGACGAGAUGGCCAAGCAAGCCCGCAACCUCAUCACAGACAUAUGCACAGAGCAGUGCACCCUGAGCGACCAGCUACUGCCAAAACAUUGUGCCAAAACCAUCAGUCAGGCCGUGAACAAGAAGUCGAAAAAGCAGACUGGAAAGAAGGGAGAACCGGAGCGAGAGAAACCUGGCGUGGAGAGCAUGAGGAAGAACAGACUCCUGGUCACCAAUCUGGAUAAACUGCACACUGCUCUGUCCGAGCUCUGCUUCUCCAUCAACUACGUCCCCAACAUGAUGGUCUGGGAGCACACCUUUACCCCACGCGAGUACCUGACCUCCCACCUUGAGAUUCGCUUCACUAAGUCUAUAGUCGGGAUGACCAUGUACAACCAGACAACACAGGAGAUCGCCAAACCAUCAGAGUUGCUCACUAGCGUUCGGGCCUACAUGACAGUGCUGCAGUCCAUUGAGAAUUAUGUGCAGAUUGACAUCACCAGAGUCUUUAACAAUGUGCUGCUCCAGCAAACCCAACACCUAGACAGCCACGGAGAGCCAACCAUCACCAGCCUCUACACUAACUGGUAUCUGGAGACUUUACUGCGGCAGGUCAGCAACGGUCACAUCGCGUACUUUCCUGCUAUGAAAGCCUUCGUCAACUUGCCCACGGAGAAUGAGCUGACCUUUAACGCAGAGGAGUAUUCUGAUAUAUCUGAAAUGCGCUCUCUGUCAGAGCUGCUGGGUCCGUAUGGGAUGAAGUUCCUCAGCGAGAGCCUCAUGUGGCACAUCUCAUCUCAAGUUGCAGAACUGAAGAAACUUGUGGUGGACAAUGUGGAGGUUUUGACCCAGAUGAGGACCAGCUUUGACAAGCCGGACCAUAUGGCAGCCCUCUUUAAGAGGCUAACAUCGGUCGACAGCGUGCUAAAACGGAUGACCAUCAUCGGUGUGAUUUUGUCGUUCCGCUCUCUGGCUCAGGAAGCUCUCAGAGAUGUGCUGUCCUGCCACAUUCCCUUCCUGGUGAGCUCAGUUGAAGACUUCAAAGAUCACAUUCCUCGUGAAACUGACAUGAAGGUGGCCAUGAACGUGUACGAGCUGUCUUCUGCUGCAGGGCUGCCCUGUGAGAUUGACCCUGCUCUAGUAGUGGCGCUGUCAUCCCAGAAGUCUGAAAAUAUUAGCCCGGAGGAAGAGUACAAGAUCGCCUGCCUGUUGAUGGUCUUCGUGGCGGUUUCCAUGCCAACCCUGGCCAGCAACGUGAUGUCACAGUACAGUCCCGCAAUAGAAGGUCACUGCAACAACAUUCACUGUCUGGCUAAAGCGAUAAACCAGAUUGCCGCCGCUCUGUUCACGAUCCACAAGGGGAGCAUAGAGGAUCGCCUCAAAGAGUUCCUCGCCCUCGCCUCUUCCAGCCUGCUGAAGAUUGGACAGGAGACGGAUAAAACCACUACACGGAACAGAGAGUCUGUUUACCUGCUCCUGGACAUGAUCGUUCAAGAAUCGCCAUUCCUCACCAUGGACCUGUUGGAGUCCUGCUUUCCAUACGUCCUGCUCCGAAACGCCUAUCACGCCGUAUACAAGCAGUCGGUAUCUUCUUCAGCAUAAGAGCACUCCAGGGGUGGACACUUCAACUCUCAUUCCAUAUUCCUCCGUAGGAUUCUCCGAUGUUAUAGUCUUACAAGACUUUCGAUGGGAUCAAAACUUUUAUGACACUGAAUAAAGAGGGAAAAAUGGCAAAAAAAAUAAUUAUAAUAAUUUGUUUAUUGACCACUUACAAUAAUCAAGUUUGAUCCCAGGGACUAGUGACACUAAGUAUCAUUUUUGACCAUUUAUUUUGGUUUGUGUUUUAAUUUGCAAUGGUUAAACUUGGAAACAAACACAUUAAAUAGUUAAUUGUGAGUGUUGGGAUGUGGGGGGGGAGGGCAGGGGUGAAUUGUUAAAAACUACAUGAUGCUAAAUGCUUGUUCUGAUAACAGAUGCCUCUAUGAAACAGUGAUUUUUCUUUUCUUUUUCUUUUUUGGAUGUUGUUCUAGAUCUAAUCUGUGUGGGUUACUGCGUGCUUCUCUCUCUCCCUCCCUGUGAAUUUGCAUUUAUUUUCAUUACACUUUGUGUUCCUUUUACAUACUUGCCAAAUUAAUGAAUAUAACAGCAUCUCAUUUGGAUUGAAACGGCAGAAUUGUGCAUAACUACAUGUUCUAAAAGCAACCUAGUGUUGUUUGUACAAAGCAUAGUAUAAUUUUUUAACUAACUUUCAUGAUGCCUUGUGGCAUUGACACUCCAUUGUACCCGUCUGUGAGCUAUAAUAAACAUUCUUACAUAUUUAUUGAAUGUUUAUCAGUCGUUUCCCCCUUUCCUCCUCUCCCUUAACCGGUUUUUAUAUGUUUUGAAUUUUUUGGAAAUGACAAUGUAUCUUCCAUAACAUGAAUAAACAUCAGGUCAUAUA